AGUGUGGCAUCGCCGAUGUUAUGCACACGCCGUAUUUUAGUCAACUCGUCUAUUCAAAAUGUCAGUCGGACGAAAAGCGCGCGCGAGUACGACGCAUGCGCGACAUUUCAAAAUUACUUUUUAAAAAUAACUCCAUUUCGGACGGAGGCGGUGCGUUGUCAGUCUAUUUAUAAUAAAAAAAAUAGUGCGUUUUGGAGUGCAGUGACCUCUUACGUAAAUCCAGUGUUUUUUGUGUCAAAAGUGUUUAGUAUUUUUUGUGAAACUGGGAAUCGUUUUGUUAUCUGUAGGUAAUUUUGUUGGUGUAAAGUGUAUGUGGAGCAAUGUUCUAGAGGUCUAGACUUUAUUAUGUUUAAAGUGUGCCCUGCAAGGAUGAUGAACGAGCAUCUUGUUGCCAACAUGACCUACUAUAAUGCCAAGUCGCCUUUCUUCCCCGGCGUGGAGGAGGCGAGCGUGGCGGCGGGGGCGGCCGCCGGGUCUCCGGCCGUGGCGGGCGAGCAGCCGCCAGAUGUGGUGUCGCGGCUCAGCGCUGCUGGGCUGUCUAUGUGCGUGAGCGCGCUGGGUUCCCCGGCGCGGUCUUCGCCAGUCUCCGCGGGUUCGGAGCACGGCGAGCGGUUCAGCAGGAAGGUAUUCGUCGGCGGCCUGCCCCCGGACAUUGACGAAGAUGAGAUAACGUCGUCGUUUCGGCGGUUCGGGCCGCUGGUGGUGGACUGGCCGCACAAAGCCGAGAGCAAGAGUUACUUCCCUCCCAAGGGAUACGCCUUCCUACUGUUCCAGGACGAGGGUUCAGUGGCAGCUCUGAUGGAGGCGUGUAUUACCGACGACGAUAAACUGUACCUUUGCGUGUCGUCUCCAACGAUCCGCGACAAGCCAGUGCAGAUUCGGCCGUGGCGGCUGGCGGACGCUGACUUCGUGCUCGACGCGAGCAUGCCGCUAGACCCGCGCAAGACUGUGUUCGUGGGCGGAGUGCCGCGCCCGCUCAAGGCUGUGGAGCUGGCGAUGAUAAUGGACCGGCUGUAUGGCGGCGUGUGCUACGCUGGCAUCGACACCGACCCUGAGCUCAAGUACCCUAAGGGCGCGGGCCGCGUGGCGUUCUCCAACCAGCAGUCGUACAUCGCGGCCAUCUCUGCGCGGUUCGUUCAGCUGCAGCACGGAGACAUCGACAAGAGGGUCGAGGUGAAGCCAUACGUGCUGGACGACCAGAUGUGCGACGAGUGCGCUGGCGCACGCUGCGGCUCGAAGUUCGCGCCCUUCUUCUGCGCCAACGUCACCUGUCUACAGUAUUACUGCGAACACUGUUGGGCGACGAUCCACUCUCGCCCGGGGCGCGAGUUCCACAAACCGCUCGUCAAGGAGGGUGCUGACCGCCCGCGCGCCGUGCCCUUCCGCUGGUGUUAGUGGUAUGACGGUCAACGGUCGCUGCUGGCAGUUGCUCGCAGUUGCUGGCAGUUGCUCGCAGUUGCUGGCAGUUGCUGGCAGUUGCUCGCAGUUGCUCGCAGUCGACGGUAACUGGCGGUAACCUACACUUUGUGACGCUACCAGUGGCUUGUCAUUGAUGAGUUUGUCUGCUAUUAAAUUGGCAAUUUGGAUUAUAAUGUAAGUAAUUAACACUAUUUUAGUAUACUGCUAAAUGUGUAAACUUCUGUCGUAUGUAAAAAAGUUGGUAUCUAUCAUCUCUUACAUUUGGUAGAAAUCAAGCUUUUCUACCAAAUGUAAUUGAAAAGGUCUCUAAAAUGGCAACACAGACGUUAGUUUAGUAGUUUCGACUUUUGAAAAGUGAAUAAGUAUUAACUGGUAGCUUUAUAAAAUGUGAGUGUCGUAGAUCAGUGAGGAUUAAUUACUUUAGAAAAAAACUCGAAUUAAAAUUUGUAGGGGACGAGAAGAAAAUAAACAAAAAUGGCUAUUAAUCCUUAUUGAUUUACCAAAAAAUAAGGUAGAAAUGGGUAGAAAAUGGUAGUCCAUUGGUUCCGUAGUGGUAGAGGGAUUGUGACGAGCAAUAACGGUAGGAUUAUUAGUAGGAAAAUUGUACCUGAAAACUACCAAAUCUACCAUUUCUACCAUACCGUCGCCACAACUAAGUAACGCCUAUCUCGCGCCACAGGAUCUAAGCACGAGUAUUCUAACAUGUUAACUCGGAUCUUCCUCCACUCGACGCGGCCUCAGCUGAGCGUUUUGGUAUUUUAAGUUGACAUUGACUUGAGGACUUUACUCACUGGAGUCGAGCAUAUCCAGUGACGGCGCAAAACUUAUGCAAAAAUAGCUUUAUUAUAUCUAACAUUGAGGCAGAAGUAAUGCAUAUAAUCCGGGUGCUUUCACGGCCAGAGUGAACAGGCAUCUUCUGGGCGAGCUCGCUCCAUGUUAGGCCUCGUCAAUGCCUUCGGGCAAGUCUAGGGCCUAGAGCAAACCCGUCAAAGGUAAAAAAUAGAGAACAAAUGAAAAAAAGUAGCCAGUGUCUUUAGUAUUAAAAUGUUUUUACAACGGGAACAUUCCCUUUCUGGGAAAAUUCCCGGGAACGGUACAUCACUGAGCGUAUCAUACUGCCAACAUUAUAAUUCGAAAAUCAUGCCUGUAUUAAACAUCACUGGAAUUAACUCGAGACAAGGUUGAGCUGGCGUCUAAGAACACAGAUUUUGAGCUGAGUGGUCGCUUCAAAUUACGGCGGAGUCGAGGAAGGCUCGAGCUAUUAGAAUUCGAGUGUACGAGUUGGACUAUAGUUGUAAGUUUGAAAAAGGUUUUUUAUAGUUCAACUCUGCCCGGAACACACGUCGGAACGGUACAGAUUAUAGUGAAACCUAGCCUAAAUAGAAUUCUUACACAGUUGUUAGUCAGUGGGCAACCAUAAGGCUAAAGACGCAUGUUUAUUUAGUGGUGUGCUCUAUAACUGUACAAUUCAAUAUGACGUGGGAUCAAAUAUCACAACAGUCGCUUUACUGGUCUAUGUAAGUAUGUAUUCGUUACAUGAGCCAUGUUUGGGUCUAUGACUCAAAUCAACACGUAUGUCAAAUAGCAAAAAUUUUAUGUCAAAUAGCAAUAUUGCUGUUCAAUAUGGCCAUUUUAGAGCCUCAGGCAGAUUUUAGAUCGUCAGUCGUGCGAUUUGAUUCCAUACCGUACCAUCAUAAAGUAUACAGUUAAAGAGAAACCACAAAAUAAUCAUGCUAUUUAGUGGCAUGUCUAAUUAGAGCACUGUUAAAGCAAAUGGUUACUUUGUUAGGGCACUGACUGUACCAGCGGUAACUAAACGAGAUUUGCUUUGUAUUUAGCUUUGGAAUUGAGGUUUUAGGACAGACACGACUAUACGUACUCGACGUGGAAAGAUCGAAACUUUAGAAAGCCUAUUUAAAGUGUCUGGAAAUCUCAACCGCAAGAGGUUCGAUAAAGACGAUAGAGAUGGACGGUUCUCCCAAUAGCUUGAGGAUCCUUUCAAAUAACUACACCUAGAAUUUUAUUUUCAAAGCUUUAUAUUAGUAAAAUCUAGUAAGUAGUUACCGUUGGUUUUUAGUCAUAGCAUAUUGGACUACAAUUUUACCAUUUUGCCCAUCACAGCUACUAGUUUAAUUCCUAUUUAGACGAGGUUUUUGCAGUAUGGCAACAUCUGGUUGUGUGACAUUUGACAGGUGUCAAAUUGUCUUGUAUCGCCUCAAACGGAUAUGACGCACCAGCCUCUUAGUCG